AUGGUGAAGUUCUACAGCACCGACUACUCCUACGACUACGGGUUUUCCGCCGUCUCCUUGGCCUAUUUUCUGCGAUAUCCAAACCCUUACAGCAAGCAUGUCUCAUCGACCGACACCAUCGACAGAAAUUUUGAUCCUCAGACCCAACGCUUGACGACCGUUCGCCUGCAUUUGAAGCGAAGCCGCUUGCCACCGGCCGUGCUGAAGCUCCUCCCCAGGAGCUCUCUUGGAGCUGGCGAGGAUGGCAGCACGCAGAGCUUCAUCCUGGAGAAAAGCGUUAUUGAUGUAAAGGAAGGUUGGAUGGAGACAGAAAGUCGCAAUCUUGACUGGAACAACGUGCUGUCGGUCAUUGAGAGACACACCUAUCGCAAGCCGGCCUUAGCCGCAGACUCUGGAGCGGAGAUGGUCUCGCCAUCCAGAACACCACCAAAGGACGAAGACCGUACCGAUGUAUCAGUCAGCGUGACGCUCAAGAGUAGGAUUGGAGAGCAGAUUCGCAAGCGACGCCAGAGAUGGGGCCAGCAAGCUACGGCCACCUCGGUUGUUGACGCUGGAGGGCCGUCGGCCACGGAUGAAGAGCCAGUGAGACAAGGAUGGUUCAACAGCUGGACAUCUGGCGCUAUGCGCUCCGCAAUCGAAAGUAUCAGCCUUCAGCGGACGGAGAAGAGCCAGCCAAAGGCGCGCAAGGGCAUGUCCGUUGUCCUCGCGCGCUUGCAGAAUGGAGGACUGCAAGAAGUUUUGGAGGGGAUGCGUCAGGAUAGAGAACUGGCAUAG